GUCACAACCCAGAAUGCGUCGUUCCUUCCAACUCGUCCUACUCCUCACGACAGUCGUCUCCUCGGUUCUCUCAAAAAUCGAUCAUGUCAAGGAGAAAACAGGCGAAACGCAUUCGGAUCCAGCUAAAUUGAAAACGAAAGAAGCGCCCGAGCAUAUUGAUCACAAGAAAUUAUUCACCGAAAGCUUCAAACAACGGAGAAUCGAGCAUACGACCGCAAUUGAGUCGAUUAAAAAAAUUGGAAAAGACAAGCGGAGAUUGUUUUUGGAAGAUGUUUUGAAAAAUGUGCAAAACCUGCUGAAAGAGUCGCGAGAAGCUUUGGAACGGACCGCCCAUCGAUCGGAUUCGCCGUUCCCACACGGUAGUGAGCUGCUCAAGGAUGCACUUUCCAAGCUCCACGAGAACAUCGCCUUCUUCACAGACCUCUCACUAGCGUUCUCGAAAUUUUUCGAAACGAAAAUCCAAAAGGAUCGGAAAUUGAAGACUUUGAUCGUCUGGGCCUACAAUUAUUCUAUCAAAACUGGCAUUUUUGAUGAGGAAACUGAAAAGAAAGUGCAACUAAUGGCUCAACAACACGAGUUUAUUGAGAAAAAUGAAAAAUUUUUCAAUUCCUACGAUAAGGAUCGCGUUAAAGAAGAUUUAGAAGCUGAGGAAAUGAAAAGAAAAGAGAAAAAAUCGAACAAAGCCGAGAAGAAGCAACCGAAAGGAGAGUUAUAAUUUUUUUUUCUUCAAUUUUUGUGUUUUUUUUUCCUGUUUAUAACCGAACUCGUCAAAUUUGGCCAUAAUAUUUUGAUUUUAUUUGUCAUAUAUUUAGUUAUUUAGGUUGAGUACAAUUCGAUUUUCAAGGUGCUAUUUAAUAAUAAUUAUAAAGAUGUUUUUUUUU